AUGUCUUCAACCGAUCAUUUUGAUGACCCUAUGUGGCCUCCUGGGACUGUUCGUCUGCAAGAGGAACAUACAUCGAACGAGAUCAUUCUACAACCCCAGCCGUCUCAAGAUCCAAACGACCCACUGAACUGGUCCAAUAAACUCAAGUACCUCAACUUUGGUUUGGCAGCAUUGUAUGCCCUAAUCGUCUUUGCAUUAAUCGAUGCUGCCACCCCGACCUGGGACCCCAUGCAUGAAGAGCUCGGAUAUAGCUACGAUGAUCUCAACAAUAGCUACGCUGCUGGAUGCGCAGGUCUCGCUCUCGGAGCUGUCGCACUGAUACCAUUCGCACACAAGUAUGGACGUCGUCCCAUAUACCUGUUCAGCUGCGCUAUACAGUUCGGGGUCUGCAUCUGGUCUGCACGUCAAAAGACUGUGGCAGACCUGAUUCUGGUCAACAUUUUCAGUUGUUUCUUGGGUGCUCUCGCAGAGACAAUCGUGCAGAUGACCAUAGCGGAUAUGAUCUUCGUAAACCAACGAGCAUUGAUGAACAGCUUGUAUUUUUGGUCCACCAGAAUUGGCGCAUCGUUGACGCCCUUGGCUGCAGGGUAUGUCACGGUCGAUCAAGGGUGGCGCUGGGUCUGGUGGUGGCUCACCAUCAUCUUUGGUGCUCUGAUUAUAGUCAUGUUCUUCGGCUAUGAAGAGACAAAGUUCGUUCCACCGGCAACUGAGGGUAUCGCUCUGGACCACUGUUCUACUCUCGAAAACAACACCACCAAAGAUGGCAAGGACAUCAAAGACCCAGAAGUCGGCCGAGUCAAAGUCGCAGACGAGACCACUCGAUAUGCUACGAAGAUAUCGAUCGACCCUACUAUUCCAAGGAAGAGUUAUCUCAAGCGCCUUGCACUUACAACAUCAUCACCCGGGUCUCUCAAUGAUCUGCUUCGCCACUGCUAUCAACCAUUUCAGAUACUUUUCACUAUCCCCGGUGUUCUCUACAUGUCUCUCCUUUACGGAGGCAUGAUGGUCACGAACAACAUCUUGGUCACAACCGUAUCAACAUACAUGACUCAGGAGCCAUACAACUUCAGCCCUGAUCAGAUAGGUUUGAUGAGUCUAGCUCCGUUCAUUGGCUCAACCUUGGGUACUCUCAUUUGCGGCCCCGUCAGUGACUGGUCGAUUGUGUAUCUUACCAAAAGAAACAAGGGCAUCUACGAGCCAGAAAUGCGUCUGUGGCUCAUAAUCGUCUUUGCCACUUUCCUGCCUGUCGGCAUGAUUUUACUCGGCGUUGGACUAGAGAAGGGCUGGACAUGGCCUAUUCUAGCCGUUUGCUAUGCGCUAUGCAGCUUUGGAAUUGCACCAGCUGGCACGCUCUCUCUCACUUACAUCACCGAUGCAUACACUCAGAUCGUAGGAGACGCCAUGGUCGGUGUGACUUUCAUCCGCAAUUUAUGUAGCACCAUCAUGAUUUUCGCGAAAACGCCUUGGAUCGCUGGCAUCGGCUUGCAAAACACGUUUAUCAUGAUUGGUGUCAUACUUGCUUCCAUUCUCUUUGGCAAUGGAUUCUUGGUCUAUUAUGGAAAGUACUUUAGGUACAAGUACCGCGCGACUUACCAGAAAUAUGCGAUGAAGCAGUUUGAGCCGCGGGUCAACUUUUCCUAG